AUGAGUCGCAUUCCUGGUCCACCUAUUAACGGAGCGAACCUACAACCUCAGAACGAAUCCCCCGGUGACUCAACCGCCGUCACGGCUGUCGCUGGUCCUUCGACUCCUGCUCUGACGGUUCGGAAACCGUCAGACACACCCGACGAUCCCGAGCGAAUUCAAUCAACCUCACCGAUACCAACAAUUUCAAGUCCUGGCGAGGAAUCACAAUCCCUCGCCACCCGAGACGGCCAGGGUUCGACAUCGAACCUAAAUCAUCCAAAUCAUCAUCAAGAUGGGGGUCUAAAUGCUCCUUCCCUCGUCCAAGGCGACCUCCGACCCACUCCCGCCUCGACCACACGACUGCAUUCCCUCGACCACCCCGGGGCGGCUCUCACUGAUACGCCGCUCCCGUCCGCUCCCGGCAGUCCGCGAAUUCCGGUCAUACGUCAAAACUCCGGUUCUUCGACGCCUCGAGUGCGACCGACGACACUCGACAUUCCUGGGCUGACCAAGUCCAAAGUAUCGCCCGAUGGCCGGAUCGCCCAGCGAGAUGUCGGCUCGAAGCUGGUCAUCGUCAUGGUGGGGUUGCCCGCGCGAGGGAAAAGUUACAUCACCAAGAAAUUAGCGAGAUACCUCAACUGGUUGCAGCAUGACACACGAAUUUUCAACGUCGGUGAACGACGACGGCUGGCCGCUCAUGGCUCGCAUUCGCGGAAACAGUCAACCAUCGACCAUGGCACGCCGUUGAACUUGGACACUGCAAAUGGGUCAUCAAUCGUGAAACCGGAGCUAUCCCCGAGCGAGGACGUUGUCAAAUCGGCUGCAGAGCAACUCUCCAACAUGAAUGGCGUAAAGCAGGCUUCCCCCCUGGCAUUGCAAAGCAUGAUCCCCCGACUGAGCCUUCCUUCCUCAUCCAUCGACGAGCAGCCGGACAAGGAAACGAAUGCCGAGGACCCGGAAGCGUUGGUGUCUCAGUCGGCCGGAUUCUUCGACCCUCGAAACAAGAAAGCCUCGCAGAUCCGCGAGCAAGCAGCGAUGGACACACUCGAUGAGCUUCUGGAGUACAUCCUCAACCAGGGCGGUAGCGUCGGGAUUUUCGAUGCUACCAAUAGUACAUUGGUACGACGAAAGCUCGUCAUGGAGAAAAUCCGCGAGCGCGCCGGCCUGCAGUUGAACGUGUUGUACGUCGAGUCGAUCUGCGAAGACCAAGCCCUGCUCGAGUCCAAUAUGCGCCUGAAACUUUCGGGGCCCGACUACCGCGAUAAGGAUCCGAUGACGGCCCUAGAGGACUUCAGACAACGCGUUGCCAUUUACGAACGAAACUACGUGCCGUUAGGCCACUACGAAGAAGUUAAUAAUAUGCCAUAUGUCAAGAUGGUGGACGUGGGCCGCAAGGUCAUCACGCAUCAAGUGAAUGGGUUCCUCUCCACUCAAGCGGUGUACUACCUCCUCAAUUUCAACCUAUCCCCGCGCUGCAUAUGGAUCACCCGACACGGCGAAUCGCAGGACAACGUUGCCGGCAAAAUCGGCGGAAAUUCUUCGCUUUCACCCAAGGGCGCCAAGUACGCUCGCGCACUGGCCCACUUCAUUGAAAAGGAGCGCAGUCUUUGGGAAGUCAAGCAGCGCGACAAGGCGCUCAACACGCACUUCCCUCCGCAUCCAGGCGACCAUACACCCCCCAACCCGUAUUACGCCCCCGACGACAUGGCCGGUGCGAACGGCGUGCCGGCCGAGAACAACUUCUGCGUCUGGACCUCGAUGCUGAAACGCAGCAUCGAGACCGGGGUCGUCUUCGACGACGAUGAGAAGUGGGACGUGAAGCAGUUCCGCAUGCUCGACGAGCUGAACGCCGGAAUCAUGGAAGGGAUGACGUACGAGGAGAUCCGUCGUCUGUAUCCCGAGGAAUACGACGUGCGACAGGCGGACAAGCUGGCGUAUCGGUAUCCGGGACCCGGUGGUGAGGGCUAUCUCGACGUCAUCAAUCGCCUCCGUCCCGUGAUCGUGGAGUUGGAGCGGAUGGAGGAUCAUUGUCUCCUGAUCACGCACCGGAGUGUCGCGAGGGUGCUACUCGCUUACUUCCUCGGCUUGAGGAGGGACUCGGUGGCCGAUCUCGAGUGUCCCCUGGGGAUGGUGUACUGUCUCGAACCGAAGCCAUAUGGAGUGGAGUUCCAUGCGUACCGAUAUAAGGAGAGUGAUGAAUCCUUCGAGUUCCUGCCGGAUUAUGAGAUGAAGAAGUCAGGUGCAAUCCACUGA